UACAACACUGUCGCAUUUGAAAUAUACUGACAGCUGCCUGCAUCAGGCAGCGGUGUAAAAAAAUUUUAUAAAUUUUCAAACCAAAAUUAAUCAAUAUAUUUGUAAAAGAACAUGUACACAGAUGAGGUGCGUACGCCACAAGCACUCAAGACGCGAUAUUAUGCCAGCCUCAACGAGCUCAAAUGUCGCGUAACAACGAGUGGCAGACGAAGCAGCAGUAGCAGUAGCAACAGCAACCAUUUUAUAGCAGCGGCGUCUGCAACGCCGACGAAUGGCGCCAACUCGAAUAAAUCAAAAUGCAGCCCCCAAUUGUACGGAACGGUGUGCACACCGCCGCCGAAACGACUACAGAAGGUGCGAAAUCCUUUCGAAGGCGCUCUAGCAGAGCGUCUGCAUUUACCUUUAAUAGCCAGUCCAUCACUAUUUCAGUGUCGCUCACGCACUCCACAGCUGUCUUCCACUCAAUUCGAAUGGGACAUUGAGGAGGUGUCGCAGUUGAAGCCCGCGGAUGUGGAACCGCACGAGACACAAUUUCAUGACUCGCCAGAUGCAGAACAAGAAUCCAAGGCACAAUUGGCUAUUAGCACAUUUUUCAAGGAAUCGCAUAUAGUGCCCAGUCCCGUGGACUGUCCGCUGCGCAAGCAUCGCAUUAUUAUUAACGAAAUAAAUGCGAACACGCCUAUAUCUAACAAAACAAAGCAACGUUCCAGAGACUGUGAGGUGCAGACAGAACUCAGUUUGCCUCCUGUGCUGCCCAAAGCAUUAGAAGAGGCACUGCGUCCUUAUUUGCAGCCACAUUUGGCGGGCGUACAGCUAAAUAAGUCAGCUGGCGGUGGCGAUAUCUUCAACAGUUCCAUGCGUCGCAAGCUCUUUGAUUUGCAAAAUAUUAUUGUGCUGGGCGAGCUUGAUCAGGUGGAGCAGCAGAACCAGCCAGCAGAUGCGCAGUAUGCCCAAAUGGUGGGAUCCAGUCCACAGUCCAAGCAGACCAUGAUUGCUGGCCGUCUCUCCGAUUCUGCCGGCGAGGGCUCAAGCAGCUUUGGCUGCCUGUCGCCCAUUAGGAAUCUCUGCGGUCUGCCAGCUGGUACUCCGGACGAUGGUAACGGGAGAAGUAGCGGGCGCAGGCGCAAACAGCUGCUGAAUGAACUAGUGGACCUGCCUUCACCGAUUGCGCCAUCGGAGCACUUGAGCAGGCGCCUAUACAGGAGCAGAAGUAGCAACAGCAGCGAACAUGUAACCCUCUCAGAGCUAACCGGCACAGCACGAGCCACUUGUAAAUUUACACCCGAUCGCAGCUCUUCGCCCAUGGCCUUGGAGUACUCCACAGACAGCAGCAUCAAUCAUCGUGUGAGUCGUUUGCAUAUGAAUAGUGCAAAACAAUUGCCCAACGGACCAUUGAUAGAGGAAGCAAACGUGGUCACCGUCGAGCAGGAUAAUGAUGAAACAACAGAGGCGGACUUCGAUACAGAUGACGAAGAUGAUGCCGAUACAGACGCCAUUCAAUUGUCGCAGCUGUCGACACACAGCUUCAAUUGUAGCUCCAAUUCGGAUACGCCGCGACACCGACGACGACGUUCUGCUAACAGAAAGAACUUGUCCCAAUCAUUUGGUGCAAAUCUACUAGACGAUGUGGAACCAGAGGACCAGGUAGAGGCAGUCGAGGCACCGCAACAUGAAAACAGAACUGCGCCUGUACCUGGCGUUGGCUUCUAUCGUACAGACAGCGGCUUCAAUGAGAUGAACAGCAAUUCGAAUUUUGCCUGCUCCCAGGAUCUGCCCUGCACUUCGCUGGAUGUGUCCAUGGUCUGUUGCUCAACGCCUUCGACACGUUCCUGACAUUCUUCAUAUGAAGUCAAAAUUGUAAUGCAAUAAUCCUCCUUUUCAUAAUUUAGUUAAGUAUCAGUCUGAAAUGCAAUGUUGCCCACCUUUCAUGUCUAUUGUUUAGUUUAGUUCCUUUUUUAAUUUUGUGUGUGAACUUAAUUAGCAAAUUUAAAUAACCAUUGUCCAUGUAGUUGCCAAACUAG